AUGGAGGGUGACCAUGACGCCCUCGUCUGCCAGUUCAUGCAGGUCACGGCCUGCAUCUCCCUCUCGGACGCCGCCCAGCACCUCGCGUCCUGCAGCUGGCGGCUCGACGAGGCCGUAAAUCUCUACUUCGCCGGCGGUGCCGCAUCGUCGGCGCCGGUGGUGCCAAAGGACGAGCCUGCUGUGCGCGCUCCCAUCCCUGCCCGCUCCGAGACAAUCUACGGCCCCUCGUCCUCGACCGCUCGUCGUCAACCACGAGUCAGACCUACCGGAUGGGAGAGCGAACACGACGACGCACCAGCACCCGCAGCCGAGGGCCACCCUCGCCGCCGCCGCCGCGGCGAAGAGUGCACCUCAGGUGGCAGCACCACGGAUCAGGCGGGCAAGAAGAAGAAGAAGACCCUGGCGGAGCUGUUCCGGGCGCCGGUCGAGCUGACGUACAAGGGGCGGUUCCACGACGCCAAGGCGCACGCGGCGGGCCUGUCCCGCUGGCUGCUGGUGAACGUGCAGGCGAGCGGCGAGUUCGCGUCCCACCAGCAGAACCGCGACGUGUGGGCCAACGAGCUGGUGGCGCAGGCCGUCCGGGAGCGCUUCGUGCUCUGGCAGGUGGACGUGGACGAGCGGGAGGACGGCCUCGACGAGGGCGGCAAGGUGUCGUGCUACUACAAGCUCGCCCACGACAUGAUGCCCCACGUGCUGGUGGUCGACCCGGUGACCGGGCAGCUGAUGCACAGGAUGCGCGCCGCCACCGACCCGAACGACAUGAUCGCCGUGGCCGACAAGUUCGCGGAGAGGCGGCCGGUCAUGCCCGCCAAAGCAACCAAGCAUCGUGCUGCGUCAUCAGCCGCUCCGCCUCCGCGCGGCAAGCAAGAAGCGCCGCCGGUGGGCACGGCGGCAUCGAGCAGCAGUGAUCCAUCUGCAACGACGGCGACGAAGAGAGUCGAGACCGCCGCGGCCGCGGUGGCACCGCCGACCUGUGAGAUGGCACCCGGGCCCGGGGAGAAACUGUGCAAGCUGAGGGUUCGAUUGCCCGACGGUCGGGCGCUCACGAAGCAGUUCGGUGCUCAGCGCGGAGUCGCCGCGCUUUUCGCGUUUUGCAGGUCAGAGGAAGAGCGGCCGUUCCGGCUCAUGCGCUUGGCCGCCGGUGGCUCCAUGCAGCAAAUAGGUGACGAGAAUGUGUCGUUUGACGAUUUGGGGCUACACAUGUCCACUGUUUUUAUGGUUCUAAGCUGGUCCUAG